AUGGUUGAAGGGAACAAAAGAGCUUUGGUUGAUUCUGACAGCUUUGAAGACAACAACCGUUUAUAUCCACCUGCUACGCUAAAUCACAUUCACUCACCAGAGCCUGGGGAUUCAACGCAAGCUGCACUUGUCUUUGUGGAUCAGUACCUGUCAUCAAAUGAUGUGGACUUGUUUCAAGGAAUUCAUUGUGGAAAGACUGCUAGGGAGAAAUCACCUCAUGUCCUGAGUGCAAGAGGACCACUAAUUCUGGCUAAGAAAAUUAAAACUCGAACUAACAAUGAAGAAAAAGAAUCUUUCAAAUGGGUUGACAGUUAUGAACAUGACCACCGAGUUGGUAUGUUUGGUAAAAAAAUUGAAGCAUCUUCAAAUUUCGGAAGAUACAAACAAACAUAUACGAGAAAAAGAAAAAAAGGUGGCCAUCUUCAGAGCCAAGGAAACUGUAGUACAAGUAAUAGAUGGGAUGAGAAGUUAGGCCAAGGACCAAGAAUGGAAAUUGAAAAUAAUAACUCUCUCAAGCAAUUGGAUGUUCAACCAAGUUCUAUAAGAGAGAAUGCUAAUGUUUAUUCCAGUGUAACACAUAUAGAGGAGAUGUCUGAUAUUGGUUUGGGCACCCAAAUUGCUGCUGAAGCAAUGAAUGCCUUAUCCUUAAUGCCCCCUUAUGGCUGCCAGUUCAAUGAUCCUCAUCAACCAGAUAAUGCAUUAGAUGGCUCUUUGAGCGAUUGGACAGAGAAUGAAGCUCAUCUGAAAAAUUCUUCAAAUAUUCAGAAUCCUAGUUUACAUUCUACUACAAUAAAAUCAAAUAAGAAAAGUUUAUCUUCCUCCAGAUUUAGUAAAUUAACUUAUAGUUCAUCUUGCAAGCACAGUGACAAGCAGGAGUCAAAUGUUGUCUCAGGCAAAAUGAAAAAAAUGAUGAAAAGCAAGUCAAUUGUUGAGGGGCGGUUUGAAUAUAACAAUAGCUUGCCAAUAUGCAGUAAACAUGUGUCUCUUGAAGAGGUUUGCCCACUGGGAGAGUACACAAGUUUGCAACCUGCUGAAUCCGAACAUUGGAACAACGAGAGUGGACAGCCAAGAAUCAAAGAUCGACCGAGCCAUCAUACAGAGGAGAACAAUAGUGUCAAGGAGAAGAGUAUUAAACACAAGAGAGAGGGGAAUGGUUUAGUGGCUGAUCCGGUGAAGUUGGGUGUUAGGACUAAGCGUCUUAAAUUGAAUCAUCAGACUAAAGUUAGCCCACAGUUAUCUUCAACCUGCAGUUUUUCAAGGACUGGCUCUUGGGUCUAUCCAAAAAGAUCAAGAGGGAAAAGAAAGGGGGCUAAUGUGGGAACUAAUCUCAAUUCACCAACAGUUAUGUGUAUAGAUGGAAAAGAAAACAAUGUCUUCUCCACUAGAAGUGUAGAGUUCCAGGCCAAUGUGGAUAGAUCAUGUUUUCCUCACACACGUCCACUGUACAAAGCUUCAUGUGUUGAUGGCAGAUGCUUGUUACAGGGGAACUUUGUGCCACCAGGCUCAUCUGGUGAUGCAAUAAAGGUAGAAAACUUGCAUGAUAUGCACCCCUUAUUGUUGGCACAUGUUGAAAAAUCAUCAAACGAAAGUGUUGCACAAUCAAGAUCAGGAAUUCAAGCUACACUUGUGGCAAGUCAAGGCAUAAAAGUUUCAAAUGUGAACCAUACAUACACUGAGCAUCACAAAAAGCUGUGUGUAAAAACCCUGCCUAAGUCUUCACUUUUGAAAGAGCUUAUCAGACUAGGAGUUCCGGAGUCCAUGUCAGAUAUGAGACAUCGAAGAGAUAUGACAGAUGUUCGAGUUCUAUUUAGUCAGCAUUUGAAUGACAGUAUCAUUAAGCAGCAAAAAAAGGUUAUCCAUUGA